GCGAGUGACAUGACUACUUGAUGGUGCCGGUUAUCAGACUUCAAAAUGAUAAGGAUUCGUAAUAUGCUCAGUAUGGUUCAAGCUAUAACUGUUCUCACGGUGUUGAAGAUGCUCGUCAACGCGCAAACUACGUGUAAUGGUGGAGCGGGUAGGCUCGCCUACGAAAGACUGCCGGAUCAGCAAUUGCAGGGCUUUGACGACGACGUGAUAAGGGACUCUGCCCCGCCGUUCCGGGUGCUGGAGAGAUGCCAGGACCUCUGCCUGAAAGACCGCACGGCCACCAACAACCUGGUGCGCGCCUGCUCCAGCUUCGACUUCCAGCCGGGCAGCAGGAUAGCCUCGUUCAGCGGGGCGGCCGAGUACGAGGAGAGCAGCUGUUACCUAAGCUCCGAGCAGGCCCAGCCCGAGGGUAUCGGCAACCUCAUGAUGGUACCGAACAGCGUCCACUUUGCCGAGAUCUGUUUGACGUCCAACCGAAUAGAGAGGGAAUGCCCGAACCGGCGCUACGUUUUUGAGAGGCACUCGCGGAAAAAGCUCAAACUCCCGGCUACGGAUGUGAAGGAGGUCACCGCUGCCAACAGGACAGAGUGCGAGGAUCGGUGUCUGAACGAGUUCAGCUUCGUUUGCCGAUCGGCCACCUACGACGUUUCCAUGCGCAGUUGCUCGCUCAGCCGAUUCACCCGGCGGACCCAUCCGGAGCUACUCGAGGACAGCGCCAACUCGGAGUACCUGGAGAACACGUGUCUGAACGCCGAGCACCGUUGCGACGGUCUGUCGGUGUUCAUCAAGGAGGAGAACAAGCGUCUGCGGGGCCCCUUCGAGGUCGACAUCUACACCAACUUGACCCUGGACGAGUGCCAGGCGCUCUGUCUGAGGGCGGAAAAGUACUUUUGCCGAAGCGUCGAGUUCGACGAGCAGACCCGUCAGUGCAUCAUCUCGGAGGAGGACUCGGUUUCCCAGAGGGACGACGUUGGCGUCAGCAACACCCCCAGCUACCACUUUUACGACCUCGUUUGUUUGGACAAUCCACGAGGCUCCGAGUAUCCGGACAAUAGCGUCUCGUCCCACCUGUACUCGGACGGUCGCCGGCCGGACACGGCUUUCCAGCGUUUUCGGAACUCACGGCUCAGCGGGGAAUUCCACUCCGAGAUAACCGGCAGGAGUCUCACCGAGUGCCUCGACGAGUGCCUCAGACAGACCAGCUUUCAAUGCAGGAGCGCCGUUUACUCGGAGCACUAUCGCACCUGUCGGCUCAGCAGGUUCAACCAGAAGGACGGCCAUCGCAUCAUUUACGACGCCGAUUACGACUACUACGAGAACCUCAUGCAUCAACACUUGGAUCACGAUGGACAAACGGCGUACCGACCGGAUCCCUUGGGCCAGGAUACGAAGCACGGGCGGCCGUUUCUGGGAAGACCUGGAUAUCCGGAAGACUACCCGAACGGAAACAAGCCCAACAACAAGUACCCAGCUUACCCGGCCAACCGCUAUCCGACCCACUACCUACCGGGCGACGAGCGCUACCCUCCCCCGGGUCGUCCGUACUACCCGCCAUCCGGAGAUCGGUAUCCCUUCGACGAGCGUUAUCCAGUUGGCGAUCGGUAUCCCAUUGUUAACCGAUACCCGAUGGACCGCUACCCGGCCGUGGACCGUUACCCCAUGGGUGAUCGUUAUCCCAUAGGUGAUCGGUAUCCGACCACCGAAGACACCUACCCAAUGCGUCCACUCGGUGCUGGUCGUUAUCCGAGUAGACCUCCUCCACCUCUGAUUCCCGCUCGCCCGGGUCCAUCCCGGUUCCCGGGGGUCAUUCACCGAUACCCAGUGGUUACCUCGCUCGACCGACCCACGGGGUAUCCACCUGGUCCGAGGUACCCCCUCGGCUCAACGGGAUUCCCACCUCCGCCCGAUGAACGCUACCCACCUCCGGCGGUGCCCACGCCGCUGGAUCGCUACCCUUUGCCCGACGACUCGUUGGAUCGGUAUCCCGGGAACAUGGACGCAAACCGACUGCCCGAUCGGUACCCCGGGGAAAGGUUCCCGGACAAGGACGCCUACCCGUUCGCCGACAGGUACAAUGGCUACACGGGCAAGAACUACGUCGAGCGGCCCAUGCCCGUGAGCAACAGCGGUCCUUACCCACCAGCUCGGCCCUCGACCGGCUACACGGGCGCCAACAACGCCCUCGGUCCAGGAGGCCCAGAGGGUCCGGUCGGAGUCCCGGUAGGCGGUCCGGGUGGCUACGACGAGGGUGGCAUAGUCGGUGGGGGCUACAUCGGCGAGGGUGGCGUCUACCACAGCAGGCCGUUCGGCAACGGCGGAGGACCGAUCAUCGGCAGGCCACCCCUGGUGUCGCGCUGCGACGAGCAAGAGAACUUCCGCCAGGUCAGCCAGGGCACGCGGGUGCGCAAGCCCUUCGUGCGCCGCUACACGACCGCCGCGUCGAUCCAAUCGUGUGGCCGCGAGUGCGCGGACGCCCGGGACUUUGUCUGCCGGUCGUUCAACUUUAGAGCCUACGCCGCGCUUUACGGCGCCGAGAGGGACAACUGCGAGCUCACCGACCGUGACUCCAGGGACAUGGAUCUCGGCAAUCCGCUCUACUACGAUACCUCGUCUGACUACGAUUUUUACGAGAGGAACGACGGCAGGCAGAGCAACGACGAGUGCCUAGACGUGAGCCAAGUUUGCAACGAAGACGGUAUGGAGUUCACGUUGCGCACUCCGGAGGGCUUCAUCGGGAGGAUUUACACCUACGGGUACUACGACCGGUGCUUCUUCCGUGGAAACGGAGGGACGGUCAACGUUUUGAGAAUCAGCGGGGCCCAAGGGUACCCCGAGUGCGGCACCCAACGAUACGGCGAUACCAUGACGAACAUAGUGGUGGUUCAGUUCUCGGAUUACGUGCAAACUGGGCGGGACAAGCGCUUCAACCUGACCUGUUUGUUCCGGGGCCCCGACGAGGCCGUCGUCACUUCCGGCUACAUAGGCGCGGGUAGAUCCGGUGCACCUAUACCCAUCGAGUAUUUACCAGCCGAGAAUACGCUGAGCUCGCGAGUACGGCUCCUGAUACUCUAUCAGGGACGGCCAACGACCACGAUUGCCGUGGGAGAUCCGUUGACCUUCAGAUUGGAGGCUCAGGAUGGCUACAACUACGCAAACGACAUCUUCGCGACGAACGUCAUCGCGAGAGACCCCUACUCCGGAAGGAGCGUCCAGCUCAUAGACAGAUACGGGUGUCCAGUGGACAAUUACGUGUUCCCCGGACUGGACAGGCUGCGAGACGGCGACAGUCUCGAGGCCCGGUUCAACGCCUUCAAAAUACCCGAGUCGAACUUCCUGGUGUUCGAGGCGACCGUGAGGACUUGCAGGGACGGUUGCCAGCCGGCCUUCUGCUCCUCAGGCACGGGCCGAAGCGAGCCCUCGUACGGGCGUAAGCGCAGGUCGAUCGACGAAGCCGAGCUGAGGAACGUUACGUUACCCGGGAUGGUCAACGCGACCGAGGAGAUCGUCAACGGCACCAGUGCCAAGGUCAAGGACGCCACGGAGGCCCCGGAGGAGUUUGUCAGGGAGAUGAUCGAGGUUUACGACUCGAGGUACGACAUGGCGAACGACAACCACGGCGAGGAGAACACCAUAUCCGAAAAGAGAAUAGCCCCCGUGGUGAUCGACACAGUCUGCAUCACGCCGAGCGAGUACUACGCCCUAGUGACCGCCGUGGUCGUUCUAGCCGUGUUCUUGGCGUCAAUCGCUCUCAUGAUUACGAUCAUUUACAGGAAAUACGUGUACUCGGUGGCAGUGAAGAAUCGUCAAGCCGACAGACAAUCGCACGACUGCGCCCGCAAAUCGGCGGACAACUUCUCCUUCAUGCGCUCGGGCAUGCAGAACCCGAGUCACUCCUCACCGAUCGCCCGAUCGCUCGGGGGUAUGAUGGGCCGAAGCUCCUCGACGGCUCUGGCCGGGGGCUCGGUGCACCGGGCGAGCUUCGACCCCAGCGAGCCCAUCUACACCGAUCCGUCGCUGUUUGAGGUUCCCCGACCCGCUACGGCUGAGCCGAACGAUCUACACGACGAGAACUUUCGCAUUAUGUGA